CCCAGCCCCGCCCAUUCACACCCCGGCACUGCCGGGGGCGUGGCUAUGGUGGGGGCGUGGCCCUUCCCUAGCCCCGCCCCCGGUGUUCCCGCCAUGGCGGCCCCGCGGGCGGUGCUGGUGGCCUGGCUGCUGUCCCCGCUCCUGUCCCCGCUCCUGUCCCCGCUCCUCUCCGCCGUCCCGGCCGGCGCAGCCCCGUCCCCGGUGCCCCGCAAUGUCUCCGUGCUGCUGGAGCCCGGCUCCGAGCGGCUACGCGUCCUCCCCGGCCGCCACCCCGCCGCUGUCGCCUGGGCCAGCCUCGAUGACCGCAUCUCUCACGUCGGCUGGGCCUUCCUGGAGGUGACCACCAACGCCUCGUACAAUGACAGCCUGCAGGCCUACGCUGCCGGGCUCGCCGAGGCUGCCGUCACCGAGCAGCUGAUGUACAUGCACUGGAUGAACACCAUGGUGGGCUACUGCGGCCCCUUCAAGUACGAGAGCGAGUACUGCCAGAAGCUGCGGGACUACCUGGAGGCCAACCUGGCCUGGAUGGAGGAGCAGAUGGCGAAAGGGCAAGACCCCGAGUACUGGCACCAGGUGCGCCUGGCCCUGCUGCAGCUGAAGGGGCUGGAGGACAGCUACAACAGGCGCCUGGACUUCCCCAGGGGCAGGAUCACCCUGGCACCCUUUGGCUUCCUGCUGCUGCAGUUGGGGGGUGACCUGGAGGACCUGGAGUCCGCCCUGAACCGCUCCUCCCCUCAGCGUGUCCUGGGCUCGGGCUCCUGCUCGGCUCUCGUGAAGCUGCUGCCGGGCCAGCGGGACCUGCUGGUGGCCCACGACACCUGGGCCUCGUACCAGGCCAUGCUGCGCAUCAUCAAGAAGUACACGCUGCCCUUCCGCGCCUCGGCCGGCGGCAAGUCUCAGAUCCCUGGGAGCGUCCAGGUGUUCUCCUCCUACCCUGGCACCAUCUUCUCCGUGGAUGACUUCUACAUCCUCAGCAGUGGCUUGGUCGCUCUGGAAACCACCAUUGGGAACAACAACCCGGCCCUGUGGAAGUACCUGGACCCGCGGGGCAGCGUCCUGGAGUGGCUGAGGAACAUCGUGGCCAACCGGCUGGCCCGCAGUGGGCCCGAGUGGGCCACGGUCUUCCGGCGCUUCAACAGCGGCACGUACAACAACCAGUGGAUGGUGGUGGACUACAAAGCCUUCACGCCGGGCAGAGCGAGCCCGGCGCUGGGCGUGCUGACAGUGCUGGAGCAGAUCCCGGGCCUGGUGAUGGUGGCCGAUAAGACAGAGCUGCUGUACCAGCAGGGCUACUGGGCCAGCUACAACGUGCCGUACUUUGAGGAGAUCUUCAACGCCAGUGGGAACCUGGAGCUGGUGAAGAAGUACGGCGACUGGUUCACCUACGACAAGAACCCGCGUGCCCAGAUCUUCCGCCGGGACCAGGCGCUGGUGCACGACCUGGACUCCAUGAUCCGCCUGAUGCGGUCCAACAACUACCUGCAGGACCCCCUGUCGCGGUGCAGGGGCUGCGACCCCCCCCAGAACGCCGAGAACGCCAUCUCCGCCCGCUCCGACCUCAACCCCGCCAAUGGCACCUACCCCUUCCCCGCCCUGCGCCAGCGCUGCCACGGCGGCAUCGACAUGAAGGUCACCUCCUCGGGCAUGGUCCCCUCCUUUGGGCUGGUGGCGGUCAGUGGCCCUGCCUGGGACGACGUGCCCCCCUUCCGCUGGAGCGAGUCCCCCUACAGCUCCCUGCUCCACAUGGGCCACCCUGACCUCUGGACCUUUCCCCCAGUCAAGGUCCACUGGGACUGAGCAGGCGCUGGUCCUGUCCGUCCGUCCGUCCGUGGGCGUCUGUCCUGUGGGGGAUCCCUCUGUGGGGGCCGUUGGGUGCGGGGUGUCUCAGCUCUGUGGUACACCUGCCCCUCCUGUUCUUUCUGUCUCUCAGGGUCCUGGCUGUGCUGCACAAGGGGCUGAGCCCAGCGUGUCCCCUCCCUGCUGUGGGGCUCUCCAGUCCCUUUCCCUGGGUGCUGCUGCCUGGUUUGGGGGGGCUCUUCCCAGAAAAGGGGCAUCCCGGGAGGCUGGGGCUCGCCCUCAGGGCAGACAGGAGGGCAGUGAGCUGGUUUGGCUGUGGCAAAUAAAGUGCUCUGUGCUGGUG